CCGGUGCUGGUCGUGCUCGCGGUCGCCGCGGCGGGCUGUGCCCAGGCGGCCAUGGACGAGUGCACGGACGCGGGCGGGCGGCCCCUGCGCUGCAUGCCAGAGUUCGUCAACGCCGCCUUCAACGUGACCGUGGUGGCCACCAACACGUGUGGGACUCCGCCCGAGGAAUACUGUGUGCAGACCGGGGUGACCGGGGUGACCAAGUCCUGUCACCUGUGCGACGCCGGGCAGCCCCACCUGCAGCACGGGGCAGCCUUCCUGACCGACUACAACACCCAAGCCGACACCACCUGGUGGCAAAGCCAGACCAUGCUGUCCGGGGUGCAGUACCCCAGCUCCAUCAACCUCACGCUGCACCUGGGAAAGGCAUUUGACAUCACCUACGUGCGCCUGAAGUUCCACACCAGCCGCCCGGAGAGCUUCGCCAUCUACAAGCGCACCCGCGAGGAUGGGCCCUGGAUACCUUACCAGUACUACAGCGGCUCCUGCGAGAACACCUACUCCAAGGCCAACCGCGGCUUCAUCAGGACUGGAGAGGAGGAGCAGCAGGCCUUGUGCACUGAUGAGUUCAGCGACAUCUCUCCCCUCACUGGGGGCAAUGUGGCUUUCUCAACCCUGGAAGGCAGGCCCAGCGCCUACAACUUUGACUACAGCCCUGUGCUGCAGGAAUGGGUAACGGCCACUGACAUCCGAGUAACUCUAAAUCGCCUGAACACUUUUGGAGAUGAAGUGUUUAAUGACCCCAAAGUCCUCAAGUCCUAUUAUUAUGCAAUCUCUGACUUUGCUGUAGGUGGCAGGUGUAAGUGCAACGGACAUGCUAGCGAGUGUGUGAAGAAUGAAUUUGGCAAGCUGGUAUGUGACUGCAAACACAACACGUACGGAGUAGACUGUGAGAAGUGCCUUCCUUUCUUCAAUGACCGGCCAUGGAGGAGGGCAACUGCUGAAAGUCCCAGCGAGUGCUUGCCCUGUGACUGCAAUGGCCGAUCACAGGAGUGCUACUUUGACCCUGAGCUGUACCGUUCCACUGGCCAUGGUGGCCACUGUACCAACUGCCGGGAGAACACGGAUGGUGCGAACUGUGAGAGGUGCCGGGAGAAUUUCUUCCGCCUUGGGAACCAAGGAGCCUGCUCUCCAUGCCACUGUAGUCCCGUUGGUUGCACACCCUGCUUCUGCUUUGGACAUUCUUCUGUCUGUACGAAUGCAGUUGGCUACCGUGCUUAUGAUAUAACCUCUGCCUUUCAGAUUGAUGAGGAUGGGUGGCGUGUGGAGCAGAGAGACGGCUCUGAGACAUCUCUGGAGUGGUCCUCUGAGAGGCAAGAUAUCUCCGUGAUCUCCGAUAGCUACUUCCCGAGGUACUUCGUUGCCCCUGCCAAGUUCUUGGGCAACCAGGUAUUGAGUUACGGGCAGAACCUGUCCUUCUCCUUUCGUGUGGACAGACAGGACACGCGCCUCUCGGCGGAAGACCUCGUGCUGGAGGGAGCAGGCUUGAGAGUAUCCGUGCCCUUGAUCGCGCAGGGCAACCCCUACCCCAGCGAAACCCCAGUGAAGUAUGUCUUCAGGCUCCACGAAGCAACAGACUACCCCUGGAGGCCUGCUCUUACUCCUUUCGAGUUUCAGAAGCUCCUAAACAACUUGACUUCUAUCAAGAUCCGGGGGACCUACAGCGAGAGAAUUGCUGGCUACCUUGAUGAUGUCACCCUGGCGAGUGCUCGUCCUGGUCCUGGGGUCCCUGCCACCUGGGUGGAGUCCUGCACCUGCCCAGUGGGCUAUGGAGGGCAGUUUUGUGAGGUGUGCCUCCCGGGCUACAGAAGAGAAACUCCAAGUCUUGGGCCAUACAGUCCUUGUGUGCUGUGUACCUGCAACGGCCACAGUGAGACCUGUGACCCUGAAACAGGCGUGUGUAACUGCAGAGACAACACUGCCGGUCCCCACUGCGAGCGGUGCGGUGACGGCUACUACGGAGACUCAACGGCUGGCACCUCCUCUGACUGCCAGCCAUGCCCAUGCCCUGGGGGCUCAAGUUGUGCCGUUGUCCCCAAGACAAAGGAGGUGGUGUGCACCAACUGUCCGGUUGGCACCACUGGUAAGAGAUGUGAGCUCUGUGAUGAUGGCUACUUUGGCGACCCCCAGGGUAGCAGUGGCCCUGUGAGGCUGUGCCGCCCAUGCCAGUGCAGUGACAACAUCGACCCCAAUGCAGUGGGGAACUGCCACCGCCUGACGGGCGAGUGCCUCAAGUGCAUCCAUAACACUGCUGGCUUCUACUGCGAUCGCUGCAAGGAUGGAUUUUUUGGAAAUCCCUUGGCUCCUAAUCCACCAGACAAAUGCAGAGCCUGCGCUUGUAACCCGUACGGGACGGUAAAUCAGCAGAGGAGCUGCAACCCCGUGACCGGGCAGUGCGAGUGCCUGCCUCACGUGUCGGGCCGGGACUGCGGCACCUGUGACCCGGGCUUCUACAACCUGCACAGUGGGCGAGGCUGUGAGAGGUGUGACUGCCAUGCUUUGGGUUCCACCAACGGGCAGUGUGACAUCCGUAGCGGCCAGUGUGAAUGCCAGCCUGGCAUCACUGGGCAGCACUGUGAACGCUGUGAGGUCAACCACUUCGGAUUUGGACCUGAAGGCUGCAAACCUUGUGACUGUCAUCCCGAGGGGUCUCUUUCACUCCAGUGCAAAGACAGUGGUCGUUGUGAGUGCAGAGAAGGCUUUGUGGGAAACCGUUGUGACCAGUGCGAAGAAAACUAUUUCUACAAUCGGUCUUGGCCUGGCUGUCAGGAGUGUCCGGCGUGUUACCGACUGGUAAAGGAGAAGGUUCAUACAUUUAUGAUCAAAUCUGGUAUGGACUGGAAUAUCAGCCUUUCCUUUAUCAGACAUUCCUCACGUCUCUUUGGCCGCCACCUGGUAGCUCUGGGGGUGUACAAUGUAGACCAAAAUUUGAUGAGUCGACUUCAGAGAGUAAAUAAUACCCUGCACAGCCAGAUUAGCCGCUUGCAGAAUAUCCGGAAUACCAUCGGCGAGACCGGGAGCUUGGCCGAGCAGGCGCGGGCCCGUGUAGAGAGCACAGAGCAGCUGAUUGAAAUCGCUUCCAGAGAACUUGAGAAAGCCAGAGUCGCUGUUGCCAAUGUGUCAAUCACACAACCAGAGUCAACCGGGGACCCAAACAACAUGACUCUCUUGGCGGAGGAGGCCCGAAAGCUUGCUGAGCGCCAUAAACAAGAAGCUGAUGACAUUGUACGGGUGGCAAAGACCGCCAACGACACAUCAACAGAGGCAUAUGAUCUUCUUUUGAGGACUCUGGCAGGAGAAAAUCAGACAGCACUUGAGAUUGAAGAGCUGAACAGGAAGUAUGAACAAGCAAAGAAUAUCUCAGAGGAUCUAGAACAGCAAGCUGCCCGCGUCCAUGAGGAGGCCAAGCGGGCUGGUGACAAGGCUGUGGAGAUCUAUGCCAGCGUGGCUCAGCUGGCCCCUGUGGACUCAGAGGCACUGGAGAAUGAAGCAAACAAAAUAAAGAAAGAAGCUGCAGAUCUGGAUCGUCUGAUUGAUCAGAAGUUAAAGGAUUAUGAGGACCUCAGGGAAGACAUGAGUGGGAAGGAACUGGAAGUGAAGAAACUUCUAGAGAGUGGCAAAGUUGAACAGCAGACUGCUGACCAGCUCCUGGCCCGUGCGGAUGCUGCCAAGGCUCUUGCUGAGGAAGCUGCUAAAAAGGGACGAAAUACCUUACAAGAAGCCAAUGACAUUCUCAACAACCUGAAAGAUUUCGAUAGGCGCGUGAAUGAUAAUAAGACCGCUGCGGAGGAAGCGCUGAAGAGGAUCCCCGCCAUCAUCCAGACCAUUGCUGAAGCCGAGGAGAAGACGCAGGAGGCGCGGCUGGCGCUGGGCAGCGCUGCAGCCGACGCCACGGAGGCCCAGAGCAAGGCCCACGAGGCGGGCCGGAUCGCGAGCGCCGUCCAGCAGAACGCUACCAGCACCAAGGCCGAGGCGGAGCAGACCUUUGCGGAGGUGACCGAUCUGGAUAAUGAGGUGAACAGUAUGGUGCGGCAGCUGCAGGAAGCAGAGGGCGAGCUGAGGAGAAAGCAGGGCGACGCAGACCAGGACAUGAUGAUGGCGGGCAUGGCCUCUCAGGCUGCUCAGGAAGCAGAGAUCAAUGCCAGAAAGGCCAAGAACUCCGUCAACAGCCUCCUUAGCAUGAUUAAUGACCUUUUAGAACAGCUGGGGCAGCUGGACACAGUGGACCUGAACAAGAUCAACGAGAUUGAGGGAACCCUGAGCAAAGCCAAAGAUGAAAUGAAGGUCAGUGAUCUGGAUAGGAAAGUGUCGGACCUGGAAAAUGAAGCCAAGAAGCAGGAAGCUGCCAUUCUGGACUACAACCGAGAUAUCGCGGAGAUCCUAAAGGACAUACGCAACCUGGAGGACAUCAAGAAGACCUUACCGUCCGGCUGUUUCAACACGCCGUCCAUCGAGAAGCCCUAGCCUUGGGAGAGCCGGAGGCAGCAUCCCCUGACAGGGGGGCACUUGGAAGGCCACGAGUGCCUUGACACAAAGAUGACAUUUUUCAGACCCCCACUUCUCUGCUGCUCUCCAUCACUAUCACUGUCCUUUUGAACUAGGAAAAGUCACAGAGUUUAAAGAGAAGCAAGUUACACAUCCUGAACCGGGAACAAAGGGUUUUAUCUAUAAUAAAGUCUCUCUUCCACUCAUGUUGCUACCUUACCCACACCUUCCCACCUGACUCGCGUGAGGACGUGGCUCCAGGAGCCUGUGCGUUCCAGGGCUGUGCAGGCCGCCCGCCCCUCUCGCCUCGACACCAGCAGAACUUCCUCAGUCUCAGUACCCUGUUUCUAUGAAGGAAAAGUUUGGCUACUAAUCAUAGCAUUGCAGUGGCCAGUAUACCCAGCCCAUGGAUAAAGAAAAUGUGUCUGCAUCUUCUGCCCCCCUUCCUUUUAAGCAAAAGGAAGUAAGCACCCUGUGCCAAAGGUAUUGGUCAUUAGAACGUCAUAGCCAGCCGUCAGUCGUGCUAGCUUUUCAAGUUUGGCACACUGAGCCAUCCAUGGGUAAGCAUGCAGCAUAUGUGAGCAUCUCCAGGAGACCCUGGCGGGAGUCGCCGGAAGGGUGUCUCCUGUGUUAAUUGACUAGGAAGAUGAACUUUUUUCAGAUCUUGGGCAGCUGACAAUUUAAAUCUGGAUGGGCAGCUUACAUUCACCACUAGACCAGUAGACAUCUUUUACUAUUCUGACAAAUGGAGGUUACACAGGAGAAACAACAGGGAUAUGAUAACCACUGAAGUUUUUUCCAACAUCAAAAUAAUUCUUAGCUGUUCUUGUUUUUUUUUAAGUAUAUUAGUCUUGGAACUAGUGUUAAAAUAUCUGUGAGAGAACAGUUGUUCCCUAAGAUCUGGACAAACAAAAACAAAUGUUGUCCCAGGCUUUUCUAACGAUGGGAUCAAACAGAUGCAAGUUGUAGUGUUAGGAUCUCCUAUGAGCUUUUUCCCCUUCUAUGGGAGAGAAAGAAAUGUUUGACCUUAGCUCCAGCUUUCUUCUGAUGUUUCCAUCUUCUGAAAUUCCUCACACGUUGUUUGCCAAGUCCUGGUGGCAGACGCUUGCGCUCAGUAUUUCACACAGCUGCCGACACCAUCUAGUCCCUGCACUUUGUGAAUCACCCACGCUGACCCUUCCUCCACUCAGAGAAGAACCUUAUGUGGAGUUUCCUAGUGGGCUUCUCAACCUUUAGUCCUCAGCUCUGUGGUGUUCUUGGAAGACCACAGUGUGACAGAUCCCUGCCACACACCCGCUUUCCGCCUACCAACCUGCCUUGACAUUCAUAUAUAGCCUUUAACACUAUGCAACUUUGUACUUUGCGUAGCGGGGGAAAGAAACUAUUAUCUGACACACUGGUGCUAUUAAUUAUUUCAAAUUUAUAUUUUUGUGUGAAUGGUUUUUUGUUUUGUUUAUCAUGAUUAUAGAGUAAGGAAUUUAUGUAAAUAUACUUGCUCCUACUUCUAGUUGGCACUGUCCGUUCACGUCUUCGCUUGGUUCCUCUUCACUGGCAUAGCAUGCCUCUGUACCUCCUUCCCUUCCAUCUAGAACUCUGGAUCGCAUCAACUGUGCGGUGCUGUGCUCUCUGCCUGUGCUCACAGCAUGUCCCCUGUCUUAACAUGAGUGUCAGCCUGCUUUCCUCCUCACCCCAACUCAGGACAUUCCACUGCAGUCCUGAUAAUCCUAAGCUGCAGCCCCAUGUUGCUUAUAAUGCCCGCGCCGUAGUGGGAACACCAGCUUGACAGGGCACAGCAUGAUCAAGGGAGUUUCUCAAGGGACUCUUUGACACCACAAUGGCUCUGGCCAGGAACGAGCUGGGAAUGCCCUUUCUGGGAGUUCUUUGAGCCAGUGUCCUGAGGGAUCGUGGCCUGGCGUAGCGCUUUUAGGGUAUCAGGAAUAGCGCUGCUGCUGGACAGAGAGGUGCUGUGCACAGUUCUGGGGCUCCUUGGGGCGCACCGCAGCUUACCACGCGAGGUUGAGCCGGCCCGCCCUGCGGUGCUGGCUCCUCCUUUCAUGCCUCUUGUGCCCUCGCUGGAGCUGCAGCUCUGUCUUGCCAAGUUCUUACAUGCAUGUUUCCAGGCUAGGUCCUCUUGUUAAGUGGCUAUAUCCUAAUGCACAUUUGGUCCCAGUGGAGGAAAAUGACUAAAAAUAGACUACCAAGGGAUGUUCAAGCAAGCCUUGGUCCCUGGCGGGGCUUUUUUAUUUGGUUUUUUUUUUCCCCCUUUUCUAUUCCAUCUAUAUGGUAUAUUUUUAAACAGAAUUUUAUUUUUAAAAUGAAAAUUCUUUACCAAAUGAUGCCUUAACUACAGACCUGCAAUAUAGCCAUUGUUAUAUUGUACAGUUCCAUUUAUCUGUAUUUUGUGUAAUAAAAUUGACAGAAUGGCUGCCGCAGAAUGCUGGGUAUCACCAGGAUAGAUACUGUUCUUUUUCCCUGGAAUUUUUCCUUCCGAUUCUAACUGUGGCCCUUUUGUGUGUGCCUUCACGUUAGUUAUUAGCUAUUUGCCUUAACCUCUGCGGUCUUGCUCUCCAGGGUGUUUAAUAAAAUGCAACAUUUGGCAUUUUUUAUGUUUAAAAAAAAAAUCCAGUAUUUUAUUUAUAAUAAAAUCUGAAUAUUUGUAACCCUUUA